AUGCAAAGAACAGAAAAAAAAAAAUUUUCACUUUUUGAAAUCGUUGAAGAUUUUAAUAGCAAAUGUACAUACUAUAAAAACAAAAACAUAACCAAUUUUAUGUUUUCAAAUAAUGCAUCUACAAAAAAUUCAAGUAAUAAUGAUGAAAGAAAAGAGUUUUUACAAAUUUUUAAUGAUUUUAUAAGGAGACUUAAUAAUUUGCAUCGUGACUUUUUAGAAUACAACAAUACAUAUGAAAAUUAUGAAAAUCUAGAUAUAAGUUAUAACGAAGAUAAAAAUAUAAAUUACAUAGAUAAUGAAGAAAAUAAAGAUAUAAGUGAUACAGAAUAUUCUAUUGAGAAAAAUUUAAAUAAUGAAAAAAAAAUAAAAGAAAGCAGUACAAGAAACAUUAACGAAAAUGAAAGAAUGGUAGAAGAAAAAAAAAGAACUAAGAGCAUAGAUAUGGAAAAAAUAAAAUUAAUAAAUAAUUCAAAUAUUAAUGAUUUAUUAAAAAAUGAUAAAAAAUGUAGUCUUCAAAUAAGUGAAGAAUGCCAUACUGAUUUUAGCAGUGAAUCUUCAUUUACUAAUACAAACGAAAGUAGUGAAAAUGAAGAUGCAGCUAAUAAAAUAAAUGAUACUUUAAUAAAGUAUGUUAUAGAUUUAGACUAUGCACUAAAUAUUAGGAGAAUAUCAAAGGAAAACUUAAUAGAAGAAAUCAAGGAGUUUUAUAGUAUACACAAUAAUAAUAUAAGAUUGAAUGAUUAUUCAAAGUAUUUAAGCUAUGAAAUCAUUAAUAUAUUAAAAAAAAAAAUUGAUGAAGAUAAUUUCAAUUUUAUUAACAGAUAUGAAAACCCUUUCAAAAAUAACAAAUUUUUUUUCAAUAUUCCUCAUAAUUAUUUUUUUAUAAAAAAUUACAGUGAUCAAAAUAAAGAAAUUUUAUAUAAAUCUAAUAAUACAAAUUAUGAAAAAAGUUUAAAUGGUGUAAAUACACAUGCAUUGUCUUACAAUUCAUCUAGUGUUAAUGGAAAUACUUAUAAUUUAUGUGCAAAUAGCAUAUUAAGCAGAAAUAAUUCUUAUAAUAAAUUUAGUUCUCCUAAUUUUGGAUCAUUAGAACGUCAUCUUUCUCCUAAUUUUGGAUCAUUUGAUGAAAAUAAUAAUAAUGAAGAUUUUAACUUUAAAGAUGAAAAUAAAUUUCACAAAAAUUAUGAAUAUGAAGAGGAAAAAUGUAAUAAUUUUUUUAAAUAUAAUUCAAACAAUGAACCAAUAGAUAAUAACAAUGUUUUAACUAAACAUUCAACUACACCAUCAUCAAAAAAUAUGAAUACAUCAAAUUCUCCUGAUUAUAGUAGAAAUUAUAAUAAUGAAGAUGAAUUAACUAAAAAUUUGAAUGAUAGAACGGAAUUAGAGAAUGAUCAUAUAUAUGAAAUAAAUAACACAGAAAAUAAAAAAAAUAAUUUAAGCAGUAAUACAAGUGAUUUUUAUCAAAGCAUAAGUGAUUUUUACAAAAAUAAAGAAAACUACAAUUGUGAUGAAAAUAAUAGUACAUAUAUUCGAAAAAGUUCUCUUUUUUUAAAUAGUAAUGAAACUGAUAUAAAUUCAAAUAAUAAGAAUAGUCACGAAAAUAGAGAAAAUAUUAUUAAUUUAUGCUUUGAUGAUGAAUUAUCUAGUGCAAUAACCUUAAACAAUGAUUCAUCUUCAAAUAAAGAUAAAAAGAAUUAUUAUCCUUCAGAAAAAGAUAAUGAUAUAAUCAAUUAUAAAACAGAUCGUAGCAAUAGGAAUAUAUAUGAUGAAAAAGAUAAGAAAUAUAUGGAGAAAUUGGGGGAAUAUGAAAAGGAUGAAAGUAGAUGGUUUGAAGAGUACUGUAAUGGAGAUUAUAAUUUAUUUAGAUCAAAGCAAUUAAAAAAAAAAAAGGAAAUAAUGAUUCAUUAUUUAAAUAGCCUAUCAAAUAACAAUAAAAAAAACGAAGAAUUAGGCGAGAAUGAUAUAAAUAAAAUAGGCAAUAUUUAUUACAACAACGGCAAUACUAAUUUGGAUAGUGAAAAUAAUUAUGAUAAUAUGUAUAAUGUAAUUAAUUUAAAGGUUAUAUAUGAAAAUAACAAAUGUGAAUUUGGCUCUAAUGAGGAAAUAAGUUUCUUUCCUAAUCAAAUUAUUUUAAAUAAGUAUCAAGUUUUAAAAAUUUUAUCCAAGACUAAAUUUAGUACUACACUAAAAUGCCUGAAUCUACAUUAUAAAAAAGAUAGAAAACAUAAAAAAAGGUGCCCUAUAAGUACUGAUAUUAAUGAUAAAGAAAAUAUACAUAGAAGUUUCGAUGAAAAUAUAUCUAUAUCCUUAAGGAAUUUAAAAAAUGGAAAAAAUAUAAAUAAUUUCAAUGAAUAUAUUAAAAAAGAAAACUAUGAUUCGAAAAAAAAUUUCCUAAGAAAUAAUAUUAAUAGAAGAAAAGAAUAUAAGUAUGUAUGUUUAAAAGUAAUGAAAAAUGGAAAAAGUUUUUUAGAUCAAGGAUUAUUUGAAUUAAUUGUUUUAAAUUUGUUGUGUAAUGAAAAUAAGAUAAAUGAUAAGAACAAUGACGAAUUAACUAAUAAAAAUAUUAUUCAGUUGUAUGAUUAUUUUUAUUUUAAAGAACAUUUAAUAAUUGUAACUGAAUAUAUGCAGAGCGAUUUGUACAAUUAUUUCAUUAAAAAGGGAAAAAUAGGAACUAUUGGUCAAUUACAAGUAUUGGCUAAAAAUUUAUUAGAAGGAAUAGCAUAUAUUCAUUCUAAAAAUUUAAUACAUUGUGAUUUAAAACCUGAAAAUAUUAUGAUUAAUAUGAGAAAAAGAAAAAGUGGUAAACAACAACAAAAAAAGAGUAGAGAAGAUAUUAAUGUAAAGGAAAUAAACUAUUACAAUUCAAAAAAUUUUAAAGAUUUAAAAAUAACAAAAAAUGAUUCUUUAGAACAUGGUUUACAUAUUUAUAAUAAUAAUCAAGAUAAUUUUUUACCCAGCUCAAAUAAGAAUAAUUUAGACAAUGUUGAUAACUUUAAUAGCUAUAAUGCACAUAAUAAACUGAGUAAUAAUUUAGAUAUUUGUCAUAAGGAUUUAAAAAAUCCUAAUGAUGUGAAUAAAUACUAUAUUGAUUCAAAUGAAUUUAGUAAUUACUCAAAUAAAUUAAGUAAUGAUUUAUACAGCCAAGGAAAUAAUUCAAAUAACUCUGAUAACUUGCAUAUUUUUAGUAAUGAAAAAUUCGAUAAAAUUAAAAUAAUAGAUUUUAAUAGUGCUAUAUAUGAAAGUGACAAAUUAGAAAUGUAUGUUCAGACAAGAUCCUACAGAUCACCUGAAGUACUUUUACAGCAAAAUUACGACAGAAAAAUUGAUAUAUGGAGUUUAGGUUGUGUACUAUUUGAAUUUUUAACUAAAAAAAUAUUAUUUGAUCAUCAAAAUAUAUAUCGGUUUAUAUAUUCUAUAGUUUCUUAUAUUGGACAUUUUCCAUUUUAUAUGAUAUAUGAAUGUAAAAUACCAUAUAUUUUUACAAAACAUGGUUUAAUAAUAUUGAAAAAAUUUGUUCUUGAUAAAAAUUAUGAGAAUUAUGUUAAAGAAAAACAAAUUGAUGAAAUUGAUGAUCAAGAAGUUAUUUUUAAUUCAAAAGAUUUUUUUCGUUUAAACAAAAAAGGGGAUUUUGAAAAUGAUAUAUUACAAAGAAAACAAGAUACUGAAGUCUCAUCUAAACAAAAGAAUCAAGAAGUUUUUUAUGAUGUUUGCUAUCCAAGUGAUAAUCUUUUAAAAAAUAACUUUCACAUUGGUGAUAUAUUAUUUAUUGAUUUCCUCUUAUCAUUAUUGCAAAUAGAUCCAUGCAAACGACUUGAUUCAACUCAAGCAUUGAAACAUCCAUGGCUUACACCAAAUAUGUAUGAAGAUGGUCUAUAA